AUGAAUAAAUAUGAAAUUAAUAAUGAAUUGAAAAUGGAUUUUUCAUCAAUUAAAAAUAAAAAGAUCAAUAUAAAUUCAAUUUUAUUAAAUAAUGAAAGAAAAUAUAAAAAUGAGUUAAAUACAAACGAUUUAAAAGAAUUUAACAUUCAUUAUGAAGACAGUAACAAUAUUUCUGAUAAAAAAAAUGAGGAAAAUGAAGAAAAAAAAAAGGACAUGAUUGAUAUUGUUAAUAACGAAUUUCAAAAUUUUCAAAUUAAAGGGAAUAGUAUAACAAAAGAACAUUCACUAAAUAAUAAUUUAAAAAAUUAUUGUAUGAAUUAUAACAAAAUAAAAGAAAAUAUGUUUGUUAAUUCACAUGAAUCAAACAAUAAUUUAAAUUCAGUUGUUAAUAUUAUUACAAAUUUUACAAAGAAAAAAGAAAAUGAAGAUAAAUUAAAUGAAGAAAUGGAAAUAUAUGUUAAUGAAAAAAGUGAAAAACAAACUAUUGAAGAACUUAAAAGUAAUUCUGAAAAAAAUAAAACAUAUUUAAAUGAAAAUAAAUUAAGAGAUGAAAUUGAAAGUCGUACUCAUAAUGAAUCUAAGGAGAAAAAUAUUUUGAGUUCUCAUAAAAGUAUCAAAAAAAAUAAUUCUUCCAUAAGUUUUCUGAAAGAAACAUUAAAUGAAAAUAAUAAAAGAGAUUAUAAAAAAAUACAAAAUUUCAAUACUGAAAUAAGUAAUUUAGAAAAAAAAAAAAAAAAAAAAAAAAUAAUUCAUAUAAAUGAAAAAACUAAUUAUGAAAGUUUAAGAUCAAAUGGAAACAAAACUUUUAAUUCAAAUGAAGAAAAUUUUGAAAAUAAAAAUAAUUAUAUUAUUCAAAGUGAUAAAAUUAAAAGUGAAGAAUUUUAUAAUACAUUACAAAAAGAAAGAAAAACGAAAGAUUUCCUUGAUCAAAAGAAAACUAAUUUUUAUUCUAAAGAAGAAGAUAAUUUAUAUGAUAAAAAUAGUGUUUCGAAUAAUAAUUGCAAAAGAAUUUGUAAAAUUCCUUUAUCUUCUAUUAAAUUCAAACAAGUAAAUAAAAGUUUAUUCUCAUCUAAUAAAUAUGAAGAAUUAAAAAAAAAUUUGAAUAUUUCGGAAGAUCCUAAGAAUAUUAUAUACGAAAUAUGUGAAAAUGAUCAAAAUGAAAGCAAUUGCAAAAAAAAUAAAAAUUUGAAAAGUAUAGAUAAAACUUUCUAUAAUGAAAAGAAUCAUAAUAGCUGUGAUUUGUUUAAAUAUGAACAAAAUAACAAGCAGAGAAAUCAAAGUAAUGAUGAUUUAAAUAAUUCUAAAAAACAAGAUAAAAAAGAUAUUAAUAAUUUAAUAAAUAUUAAUGAAAAUGAUAUAAUAAAUACUGAAGAUAAUGUUAAUGCUAAAAAAAAUGAAGCUUUAGUAAAUAUUUUACUUCAUAAAAAUAUUAACAGUAAUAAUUUAAAUAAUUUAGAGAAAAAUAAAUAUAUUAAAAAAACAAAUUAUAAUAGUAUUUUAAAAAAUAAUUUAAAUUGUGUAUUUAACAAAAUAGAAAGUUGUUCAAAUAAUAAGGAAGGUUAUGAAAUUAUAUCUAAUGGUAUUAAAAUAAUAUUAAAUAAUAAUUUAAAAUGUUAUAUAAAACAAACCAGUUGCGGCAAUAAUAAUAAAAGUGAAAAUAUAUAUAGAGAUGAAAAUUUAAAUAAUAAUAGCGAUCUUAAUAUUGACGUUAAUGAUAACAAUAAUGAUAUGAAAAAUAAUGAAAAUAUAAGCAGUUACAAGAAAAGUACAAAUAAAAGUAUUAAUAAUGUUAAUACUUACAAAAAAACAGUUAAAGGAUUAAUAAAUAAACAUAAUAAUAAGCAUGAAAUAGAUGAUAAUGAUACAAAUAUGGAAAAUGGUAAGCCUAUAUUUGAAAAAAAGUGUAAUAAUGAAAAUAAAAAUGUUAAUACUGUAAAAGAAAACAAAAAUGAAGAUAUAAAUCUUGAUGGAUAUUUUAUGAAAUUUCAAGAUGAAAUAAAAAAGAAGCCAUUAUUUUUAAAAAAAAAUAAUAUAUCUUUUCAAAAAGAUAAUAAAAACACAAAUAAAAUGAAAUUUUUAAAAGAUAAUACAUUUAAAAAUAUUUCUUUUAAUAGAAAGUUUAAAAUAGAAGAUGUAAAUAAUAUAAAAUUAAAUUAUGAUAAUUUAAAGAAUAUACAAAAAAUUGAAGAUGAAAAAAUUAAAAUUUUGUAUAAUAAGUUUUAUAGAUGUUUAUUUUGUCUAGAUAAAAAUAUUGAAAAUAUAUGUUUAAAAAAGUAUGACAUUUGUAAUUAUUGUAAAUUUUGUAAAAAAUUCUUAAAAUUAUUAGUUACACAUGGAGCAAAAUAUAAAGGAAUAUUGAUUAAUAUUAAUUUUAUUCAUUCAGAUAUUCAAAAUCUUUUAUUUACAUAUAAAUGUGAUAAACAACAUUUAUUUAAUAUUUCACUUUUUCAUAUCAUACAUAAUUUAUGGUGUCCUCACGAUUUUUGUUUAUUUCAAUGUAGAGAUAAUUAUUUAAAAAAUUAUUCAUCUGAAUUUUUUCGCUUAAAAGAAUUAGAUACUAUGGAAAAACAAAAAAAAUUAUUUUUGCAGGCAAAAAUAUUUUGUUUAAUUAAUUCAUAUGCUAUGCCAUCAAACAAAAAAAAUAUAAAUCCUGAAUAUUCUAAUGAUAUUGAAAGAAUUAUAAAAAAUGCAAAUGAUCCAUGGGAAGUUCUUCAAAUUAACAAAUUUACACAAAUAGAAUCAUAUGAUAAAACACAAUUAAGGAGAGAAGCAAGAAAAAAUUAUCACAUGUUGGCAUUAAAAGUUCACCCAGAUAAAAAUAAAAGUCAUAAUGCUUCAUUGGCAAUGAAUAUUUUAACAAAUUCAAUGAAAACAAUAAUGUCUAUAUAA